AUGAGCACCAUUCAGAAUCUCAAGAAUUUCAUACGUCAUGGCAAGCAGGCAAGGGCUGCCGAACCACCCCGCGAUCAACCAACAACCAAUGUCUCUCCCAUACAUGCCCAACAACAAAAAUACAACCAGGCUCAUACUGACCCGAUAAUUCCCCAACGGCAACAACAACACCACCAACCCAUACCUCAACCUGGCGAGUACUCGGUGGCUGCUGUCGACAACCGCAAUGUCGUGGCUCAAGCUGGCGCCGCCGCCGCCAACGCCGCCGGCAAGAAUCAAAAGAUCCAGAACCGAGACGCUGAAAUCCAAGCCAUUGUUGCCGAGGAAAGAGAAAAGGCAGGCAAACUCCCUCGCUAUUCCGGUCUCGAGAGAUAUAUUCUACUGGAGAAAAUGGGUGAUGGUGCCUUCAGCAAUGUCUACAAGGCAAGAGAUACACAGUCUGGUGAUGAGGUCGCCAUCAAGGUGGUGCGGAAGUUCGAAAUGAACUCGAAUCAGCGAGCAAAUAUUUUGAAGGAGGUUCAGAUCAUGCGACAAUUGGACCAUCCAAACAUCGUCCGGCUCAUUGAUUUCUCGGAAUCACGCCAACAUUACUUUAUCAUCCUUGAACUUUGCCCAGGUGGUGAACUGUUUCAUCAAAUUGUUCGUUUGACAUAUUUCAGCGAAGAUCUCAGCAGACACGUCAUUACUCAAGUUGCUCAGGCCUUACUCUAUCUCCACGAAGAGACUGGUGUCGUUCACCGCGAUAUAAAACCCGAAAAUCUUCUGUUCUAUCCAGUGCCUUUCGUUCCAACGCGGAAUCCCAAACCUAGGGCGCCCGAUGAUGAAGACAAGGCCGAUGAAGGCGAGUUCAUCCAAGGUAUUGGUGCCGGCGGAAUUGGCCGCAUCAAGAUUGCAGACUUUGGUCUUUCCAAAGUUAUCUGGGACUCCCAGACCAUGACCCCUUGUGGAACUGUCGGCUAUACUGCUCCCGAAAUCGUCAAAGAUGAACGAUACAGCAAAUCAGUAGACAUGUGGGCAUUGGGCUGUGUUUUGUACACACUGCUCUGCGGCUUCCCACCAUUCUACGAUGAAUCCAUCCAAGUGUUGACGGAAAAGGUUGCACGUGGACAGUACACCUUUCUGUCUCCUUGGUGGGACGACAUCUCGAAAUCAGCCCAGGACCUGGUUUCUCAUCUUCUCACGGUGAACCCAGACAAGCGUUAUGGUAUUGAAGAAUUUUUGAAUCAUCCAUGGAUUCGAAAUGUUCAGGAACCCACUUAUGCCGCGGCUGACGCGCCACCGCUGGCAACCCCUCUUGUAGUACGACAAAAGGAAUGGGCGGCAGCAGGUCAAAUCCCUGCUGAGCUGUCUCUUGGCACACCGGGUACCCCCGGAGGACGAAGAGCUGAUUUCCGUUCUCCUGGUGCAGUCAAUCUACGCGAAGUCUUCGACGUUGGUUACGCCGUGCACAGACAAGAGGAAGAAGCCAAGCGAAGAAAGAAUUUCAAGCAGGGAUACCGUGGAGCUGGCAUGCCUGGUGGCUUGAACCCUUUAAACGAAGAUGACGAUUAUGAUGAUGAGGAGGAAUACGAGAAUGAAAUAGCCAGCAAGGUUCCCAAGGCACAACAACCGAUAGAUGUUGCCAACAUGGAGGCUAAGUUACGCCAGACCAAUCUCGGCGCCCAACCAUCUGCAGCUGCUCAGGCACGGCAAGCAGCUGCGCCUGCUCGAAGUCAACAUCAUGCCCAACAAGAACGCGGAUAUGGUCAGCAUAGUGCCGCUGUGGCUGCUGCUGCCAAACGUGACGUGGGACGAAGAAACAAACAGCCUUUUGAGCUGAGCUUGGACAAUUCAACACUAUUAGGCCGAAGAAAUAAGGGUCCCCCUGCCGGAGCACCAUCGAAAUUGAGGGAGGAACUCAGAGUUCGGUAA